AAGAGUAUGUGAAGGAAACAGUGAAACAGAAGCUGCACACUACAGUAGCUCAGGAUGGCUCACUAGAAGAUUAAAAAAUGUGAUUUUUAAAGCACUUUUUUUCAGAUGUUUUCUCUUUCUGAAACUCUUGUACUAUUUUUUUACUCUUUUUGUGGUUUAUCAAGACAAACACAGAGGAUACAAGAGGGAGAUCCACAACCAGAUUGAAAGCAUGUUUCCAAGGAUGAAGCCGGUCUCAUGGGAUAGCCAUGUUUUGUCUCCAUGACAGCCAAAUCCCUCAGCCCUCGUUGCAGUGACCACCUGCACAGCAAAGGAUGCUGGGAAAUAAUGAGCAUUUUUAUUCCAGUCAGGAUGACAAAGAUGGGGAGGAUGAGGACGAGGAAGAAGAGCAAAGUCGAGAGACGAGAAAUGACCCUGCUCAACGUAGCAGGGAGAACGGAGGACUAGAAGGUCUGGAAGAGAAGGAAAUGAUCGGAGGACGGCAAUCCUGGGAAGGGAAGGGCAGUGAGGUGGUGAAACCUGCAGCUAUUGUGGUUGGUAGACAGAGAGUGGACCGGCCGCUGAGGCCAGUUAACCCAAACGCCCGGGGCAUCCCCAACAUGUCCAAUGCGGCCCAACCAUAUCAUCACACUACUAACAAGCUGCAGCAGCAACAUCUCAUGGCAGCAAAGAGACGAGCUCUCAUGGAACGCAGCAUGACCACAAUGGCUCCUCAGGAGGACACCUUCCUGACCAUGAUGGUGUUUCGCAUCGGGAUCCCUGACAUCAAACAAACAAGGUGUCUCCAGUUUGACCAGGACUGCACCGUGUGGAGUGCCAAGCAGCAGAUCGUCUGCUCGCUCGGUGAGUCCCUAUGGGACGUCUACAACUACGGACUUUUCCAGCCGGCUGGAGAAGGACGAGAUGCCAAAUUCCUCGAGGAGGAGCGUCCCCUGCGAGACUACGCACGCACCUUUGAGAAAGGUGUUCCCUACCUUGAGUUUAGGUACAAAACCAGAGUUUAUAAGCAAACCAACCUGGAUGAAAAGGCUCUGGCUAAACUCACCACAAAGGCCAGUCAGAAGAAGUUCAUAGAAUAUGUUCAGACUGGAGCAAUGGAAAAAAUGGCAAAAGUUCUGGAUAAAGGUCUGGAUCCAAACUUUCAUGACCCUGACAGUGGAGAGACUCCACUCUCUGUGGCUGUGCAGUCCGGCCUGUCGGUGGAGGGAAUCAGGCUGCUGGUUCUGGGUGGAGCCCACAUGGACUUCAGAAGCAGAGAUGGGAUGACAGCGCUGCACAAAGCUGUCAGAGCUCACAAUCAUGCUGGACUGCUGGCUCUUUUGUCUCUCGGAGCGUCUCCUGACUACAAAGACCGCUGUGGCCUGACCCCGCUGUACCACACUGUGCUGACAGGGGGUGAAACCUCCUGCUGUGAGACCUUGCUCUAUUACAGGGCGAAGCUGGGCACCCGGGAUGAGAAUGGCUGGGAUGAGAGUCAUCAGCACAGGGAUGAAGAGGAAUUUGGAAUGGAAGAAAUACAUAAGGCUUGCCAGAAUGGCUUUGCACAGCAUUUGGAGCAUCUGCUGUUUUAUGGAGCAGACACUGCUUCUCAAAAUGCCUCAGGGAACACUGCACUUCACAUUUCAGCCCUAUACAAUAAGGAAAGCUGCGUCCGGGUUCUUCUGUACAGGGGGGCAAACAAGGAGGCCAAGAAUAAGCAUGGUCAGACCCCUUUUCAGGUGGCUGUGAUGUCAGGUCACUUUGAGCUUGGGGAGAUCAUCAAAAAUCAUAAAGACACCGACAUCGUUCCCUUUCUAGAAUCGCCAAAGUUUGUUCCCAGACGAAAAGACAGUGUCCACACGCUGCCUCUUCCUUCACUUCAGUCCCACCCCCUCCUGCGUGCUAACAGUGAUAACACCAUGACCCAGUCUGACCCUUUGAGCCUACCCAACAAGGCUGCAACCAAUCCCAACCCCGGACAGGGCCAGCGCCGGGCCUCCAUAGGUGUCAGAAGCUCCAGCAGUCCCAGAAACCGCACACGCUCCCCUUCCAGAGGCAGAGGGGGCCAAAGUGAUACAGAGGAGAGACAGCGACAGCCCAGAGGCAGACAGGGCGCGCCAUCGGCUGGCAGUGGAGGAGGCCAGAUGAAGCGGAUGUACAGCGCAGUACCAGGACGAAUGUACGUGGCCAUUCGUUCCCACUCAGCAAGUGGAGACAGAGAACUCUCACUUAACAAAGGAGACAAAGUAAAAGUGCUGAGUGUAGGAGAGGGGGGGUACUGGGAGGGAACAGCGAGAGGACGUACUGGCUGGUUUCCUUCUGACUGUGUGCAAGAGGUAGCCCCACCCAGCAAAGAGAAAGAGACUCGGAGUGAAAAAGCUAAGAGGAAACUCUUUCGCAACGUUACAGUGGGAGCAUAUGAUGGCACUGAUGGCCCAAGCGACUACAUCAUUAAGGAGAAGACAGUGCUCCUACAGAAGAAAGACAAUGAAGGCUUUGGCUUUGUACUUAGAGGAGCCAAAGCUCAGACUCCCAUAGAGGAGUUCACCCCAACGCCAGCCUUCCCUGCGCUGCAGUACCUAGAGUCUGUUGAUGAGGGGGGCGUGGCUUGGAGAGCGGGCCUGAGGAUGGGGGAUUUCCUCAUCGAGGUAAACGGCCAGAAUGUGGUGAAGGUGGGCCAUCGUCAGGUGGUUAACAUGAUCCGACAGGGGGGGAAUAGCCUCAUGGUGAAGGUGGUGAUGGUUGCUAGGAACCCUGAGCUGGAGGACACAGCAAUAAAGAAAGCGCCUCAACAGACGAAAAGACUGACCCCCCCUGCCAUUGCCCUGCGCUCAAAGUCUAUGACAUCAGAGCUCGAAGACAUGGUGGAGAAAGCUGCCUCUCCGUGGAAAAAGAAAGCAGAAUAUGAGCCUUCCCAGGGUCCUGAUAAGAAGAGGACAGUUUAUCAGAUGGCUUUAAAUAAACUUGAUGAAAUAUUGGCUGCUGCCCAGCACACUAUUACAUCAGACAACCAGGGCCAGAGGGGUCAUGGAGGCAAGAGGGACCGGAGCAAGAGCAUAGUUCCCAACGUCUCCAAUGAGCAACCGUAUGAGCAACAAUCAUCUGUGAGCAUGAUGCAGACUGGGCAGGGAUUUGGCUACAACCAGGCCCAUUUUCAACCAGGCCACGGACCUCAGCAUGCGGUCAUGAUGCGCCAAAAAUCCAUUGGUGUUACAGAAGAAGAAAGGCAGCACCUCCACCCACCUGCUAUGAAACUAGCUCGUAGCCUUUCAGUGCCAGGACCAGAAGACAUCCCACCGCCCCCCAACACGUCAGCCCCUGAGCCACCUUUAUCAGCAGGCCCUUAUCCUGGGAGAGGCCCUGCUAUGCCAAUUCCCCCAAUUUCUCAACCCCACUACCAACUCCAUUCACAGUCAGCACAUCCUGCACAGCCUGUCUGGGAGAUGGGAGGGCCUGGUGUCAUAAACCAACAGGUCAUGGUGCCUACCCUCCGCAGGCAGUCAGAUGGACUGUGUAUAAGAGAACCAGAGGCACCUAGAAGAGGUGGUGGUAAAAUGGGAGGGCUGAGGAGAGGAUACAGCAGUGCCACACCACCAACAAGUGCAAAACCAAAGGCCCAACAGACACAACAUCCUGCACAACUCCCCAGCCGAGAGCAAGUUGGACGAGAUGGAAGGGGGGUAGCCAGGCGUGGAGGUCGUGGGGCUUUGAUUAAGCAGUCAAAAGUUGAAGAUGGGCUGAGACAACAUAGGGGUAAAGGAGGUGCAACCAAAGAAAAGAGUUCCAUCCCCAUCCCUACUAUCAUUGUCAAAGCUCCAUCCACCAGCAGCAGUGGUCGAAGCAGCCAGGGUAGCAGCAUGGAGGCAGAGCCCUCCCAGGAUGUAGAGGAUCAGACUUCUGGAAAUGUAAACCAAGACAACUCCAGCACAAGUCUACCCUCACCACUGACCCCCUCACCACCUCAACCAACUACACCAAAUUCUUUGCCUUCAUCAAGCGUUGCACCCACUGUGUCUUCUCAGCAAAACCUUGAAAAGUUGGAAUAUACAUCAACAUUUGGUACAGCAUUUAGCGGAGGAGGGACACGCAGGGACAGAGAACGAUUAAGAGAUAUGAGACGAAAGAGUGCUUCAUUCUUCCAAUCAUCAGAGGAGGACAUCCAAGGAGAGGCAGGAGGUGGAGCAGGACAGGGAGGAGGAGAAGCAGAUGAGGCUCAGGUUCAGCCUUUGCAAGGCCCAAAAAUUGAGGUGCCCACCCCUCGAAUUCGGCCUUCCAAGUCUAUAGAUGAGGGCAUGUUUUCUGGAGAAAACUACAUGAACUAUUCCAGUAGCAUGCCCCCCGCCUUUGGCCUUCCAGAGUACUCUUCACCUAUCCUUAGCCAAGAUGGACAGCCCAAGUCAGCUCCCUCAGUCUAUGGAAACCAGCCUACUACAACUUUUAUUCACCCACUGACAGGGAAAGUGCUUGACCCCUCGUCCCCACUUGGUCUGGCACUAGCUGCAAGAGAACGAGCUUUAAAAGAUGACCGUAGGACACGUCGCGAUGAUAGACACUUUGGCAGGCAGUUGUCGACGGUUGGAUCCUUCCCCACACCUAUUCAGACCCCAACACCUUCAUUAUUUGCAACCCCAACACAAUCAACGUAUACUUCUCCAGUGUCUCUUCACCUUGGAUCCCCCUCUGUCACCACCUCACCUUCAUCUUUAAGUCGGCCACAGUCACCAAGAAUUUUACGUUUAGGAGGAGGUGGGGAAAGGGUGGAGAGAGAAAGAGAGGGGGGACCUAAGGAGGGCCUUAGAGUUCGUUUUUCUGAGGACAAAAACAGCCAGUUUCCCACACAGUACUACCCACAGAGCAGCAGAGAGAGAGAAAAGGAGAUGUAUGAAAGAGAACAUGCUCAGCCUGUUCAGCCUCCUCCCCCGCCAGCUCAACCUGCCCCCCGUAGACCUUCCUAUCUGCAUAUGGAGAACAUUCCCAACACAAGCUAUAUUCCACAGUAUACUGUCCCCACAGCUCCAUCGCAGACUAAUGACACAAUGGGAGAGGCAAGAGCUGGGGCAGGUGGCCUAGGACUAAUGGUUCUGCCUCCACCAGCUCCCUCAAUUGAUGUUGAUGAAGAGUUUGUUUUUGCAGAUCCCUUACCCCCUCCUCUACAGUUUGCUAAUGGAAAGAAUGAGAGAGCGCUGGAGUUCUCUCAGCAUCAUAGUCAUCACAUUUCCUCUGUUGCUCCACCUCCACCUCCACCUCCUCCAUCUCCCAAGCCCCAAAAUCCUCCACAACAAUCUUCACAAGGUGGAGACUCUGCCACCUCCAGCCUCACUUCCUAUGAUAGCGAAGUGGCCAACCUCACACAAUCUGCACUUUCUCCUUCAUAUCCAUCCCCACAGAUAUUUGCACCAUCAUCCACCACCACCUCCUCAGCAGCUACUGUGCCUACCACCUCAAUACACAGACCCCAACCUAUGUCUCAUUCACACCCUUUCUACAGCAGCAGUAAUGACCCGUCCAUUGGUGUUCAGUCGCAGGCCCAGGACAGAGGCACAGCUACCCUUACUACUACCAUGACUUAUGCUACAACUACGAUGACAGCAACUGCUGCUGCCACAACAACCACAACCUCUCCAGCAUCCUCUGAUUAUACCAUGGCUGGGGUCAAAGUGAGCAUUAGCACAGGAAAUAAAGAAACAGAUCCUACUCAUUCCAGUGCAGUUAUUCCGAAGAGUGGAGAUUGGCAAGAUACAGUGGUGGAUUCUGGAAUAGAGGAGCUGGACAGCCAUAGCAGUAGUGACCAUCACCUAGAAAUGCUGGGACUAAGUGGCUUGAGAGGAGAGAAAAUAGGACAUGGAGGCAAUGCACAAGGAAGAGAGGGAGAAAAAGUCAGUGAUCAUCAGGAUACCUGCAUAACUUACAGGGGAGGGCAAACAUUUGAGUUGCACACCUCCAAACUGGCAAACCCUGUCUUUCCAAAGAUGACACAUUACAAGGAAGUGGAAGGAAGGGGCCAGCCUAUUGCAUUACGUAGACAGAACAGUACCAACCCAGCCCCUUUGCAGUUGCAGAGACAAAGCCACCCCGAAGAUGCCAGUUUAGAUAGAACUCUUGUUGAUGACAGAAAGCACAAGCAGAGUCGACCCAGAAUUGAAGAUGGCUUUAGCUCUGCCCUAGCUGCCUGUUUAGAGAGGCCAGUGGAGCCUCGAUCAGUGGUCUGGGGUGACAUUGCUGAACAUGAGCAAGUGGGAGUUCAACACGGGGGUAUGGUUAUGGAGGGCCGCAGGCUUCACUCACCUUUUUCUGGUGUCAAAGCCAACAUCAUCAAUGAGCUGAGCUCCAAGCUUCAACAGAUGAGUAGCAUGAGGAGCAUGGAUGACUGGAGCCAUGCUCCUAAGUCCCCCAACAUACAUAGGUAUUCUGCAGAUUUUACUGAUGCCUUCCACAGCCCACCAACUGGUCGCUCCACCUCACCACUACCAACCUCCUCCCCGCAGCACCGACAGAUCCUGACUCCCAACCUCUCGGCGUCCCCUUCCAUCUCUCCAUCUCCUCAAGUCCCAGUUCAGCGCAACUGGACCCGAUCCCCUUCUCCUCAGAUGCCUACGUCGCCGGUACAUUCCCAUCCUCCCCAUUCUCCAACCUACUGCCCAUACCCAACAUCACCUAAGCACAGAUCUAAGUUGCGCAGGCAGACGUUUGAUUUUCAGUGUAGUCCCUCUAAGGAGAUGCGAUCCUCGGUUUCCAGGCGUCGGGCUCCGAGCCCACUCAUCUACAGCACCGAACAGCCGAACCCCACACCUCCCAGACCAUCUUCUCUUCCUAUCCUACCCUCAACGCCGAUCUACAGUAACCCCUUCGACUUUCCUGGCCCCCUCACUCCUCCAUCUCCUGGUCACUCUCUUGGAGAUCCCUACCAUGCUUCAACUCCUCCACUGUUCUCUCCAUCUGGUGUGCCAACUCCAAACCCGCUGCUUGUCUCACGCUCCCUUUCCCCGACUCAUUUCUUCUCUGGAGCCUCCUCCCCUUUGCAUCUACCCCCCAGCCCUUCUUGUCUUAACUAUCCUCACCUUAGCCCCGCUCCCCCUGCCAAACCCUUCGCCAUCAAACCUCUACCCUACUGGACCAAGUACGACGUUGCCGACUGGUUGACUUACUUAAAUUUGGGCGAACACAGGGAGCGUUUUAUAGACAAUGAGAUAGACGGAUCUCAUCUCCCUUCGCUUACCAAGGACGACUUCUUGGACCUAGGAGUAACACGUGUGGGUCAUCGAAUGAACAUCGAGAGGGCCCUCAAGAAACUCACUGACAGGCGUCUCUCCUCUCCUUUGCAUGUCCCCACAUCUCCUCGAGACACAGACUGAGAAAGUGAAGGGACUGAUGAUUCAGAGGUGAAAGGAAAGGGAGAGAAACUAAUUGACAAAGGUGAUCAAUAUCAGAAGAUGUGGAAGAGAAGAACAGUGGACAUCUACAGGCUGCGGUUUAGCAAAGUCUAAGGCGGUAGAUAUUUGUGGGAAGGUGUUUGCUUUACUGUUGAUAAGUUUGUGGAAUGAGUAUAAAAACAUUCUGAAUGUCCUAAGUUGAUGGUUUUUAAGUGAAAAUAUGUUUCUAAACUUUUGAUGGACAGGCUUUUAAUUAACACACUAUUUUGUGGCAUAAAAAAAGAAAAAAAAACACACUUACACAGUUUUUUUCCCCAGGCACAGUGACAGAUGGAUUCUCACACCAUCUGCUGUUCAGAGCUGCUGCUGCUGAGAAAACUUAAGUUGGAGUUUAAAGACAAGCAGACAAAUCGCCCGAGAAAAUGUUAUCUACUGUGACUGAACCAGAGGCUCUAUUAAAAGCAGAGACGUGAACCUCACAUUCUGACGUCUGCUUUGUGCUCUUCAGCAGAUCUGAUAAUAACAAUAUGGAAGAGUUUUUUUUGUGGGGUUUGUAAAUGAUAGUAACAAAUAGACAUAAAUAGUAUUUUAUAUGAAUACAUUAAUACAUAUAUAUAUAUAUAUAUAUAUAUAUAUAUACAGAUUUUCCCCAAAGGAUGCCCCAAUAAGCUUUGUCUGUUUGUAUUUUGCAAAUAUAUCUUACAUGUUAAACAAGAUUCUCUAUUAGUAACAGAUCAUUUGUUUUGUACUCAGUGCUGAUAGAAAUUAUUCAGAUAAAACCAGUCAGGGUGUUUUUUAAAUGUUAAAAUUACACUGUAAAAUUUAGGAAGAGAUUUAAAAACUUCAUACAUUAUUCUCCUCAGAUCCAGACAGAACAUUGGUGCAAAUUUGUCACUAGCAAGAGGUUUUCCCCUGUUUUGGGUGAAAGAAAAGUUUAAAGUUGUAUCACACCGUCUUCUUUUCUUUAAUUUACGUGGGGUGAUCAAAAAGGGCUUUUUACUGCUUCUCUGUUUGCCUGAAUUUCUUAACCUUCUGCCUCUGUGAGUCAGCAUUUCCAAUUAUGUUGGUGUGUUUCUGUCUCCCUUGCUCCUCAAUUGCUUCCCCUGACUUAUACCUUCUCUUCCUAAUGCAUUUUCCAUAAAAGCAAAAGCUUGUACUCCUCUUAAAAUGUUUAGUUUUUCUCUCUGAAGUGACAAUCCCAUGGUUUCAAUGUUCCUCAAUGCAACUAAACAAAUUCUCCAACCUACUUUUUACAGGUUUUCGCUGUAAUAAACUUUCAAUUACAGCAUGUGUUAUAUAUUUGGUAUCCCAUUUUAGGCUUUGAAUUAAAAAGCCAGUGCAGUCAUUUCAAUGUGGGGCAAAACACACAUCACUUAUAUCUCUGUAUGUAAUGACAAUAAUAACAGCAAAGAGAAUAAAGAUAUAGUAUAUUGAAGAUUAUAAUAUUAGGUAUGUAAACAUUUUUAAGAAUCUCUGUCUUCCAGAUCAUGUGGACAAAUUCUUCAACAUUUUAUGCUUAAUUUUUGGAUUUUCUGUAAAUGCUUUCUAUUCUACGGUGGUGAACCUCAUGUUAAGGCCUAUUCUCUCCAUGUGGGCACCAACCUGUGACUCUGUCUCCUCAUUGAGUUAAUCCAGUGCUAUCUGAUGAUGGACCGCCAUUCUGAGAGGCGAACACAGACUGAGCAGUAGCGUAGAAAGCAUUACACAUUAUGAAUAACAGAGUAUUUUUAGGCCUAGUAAAAUGCAUCAUGACUACGUACAGUAUGAGCAUAAGUAUGCAGAGAUAAAAGGUAUAUAAAUAUUUAUACAUUUUGUUUUGAAUAAAAUAAAGUAUAUAAUAUGAUAGAGAUACAACUAAGGUGUUGAAAUAAAUACUGAAAUAAAGUAUUGCUCUGU